AUGUCCUACCCUCGCAUCGGGGAGGUGCGGGGCGGGACUUCCGGCGCGCCGGGGCCGCGGUGGGAGGUGCACGCGCUCGGACUCGGAGCGGCCCGGCCCCGGACACGUGGGCCCGGCCGCGGGGACCACCUCCGGUCCCCCGGAAGCGCCGACGCCGUUCCUUCCAGCCUCCGGGCCUUCGGGGGUUGGGUCGUCCCCUCAGUGGCGGGGGCCAGAGGCCUGACUCGGUUAUCCAGAGACAAUGGCCCCGAUGGGAUGGAGCCCGAAGGCGUCAUCGAGAGUAACUGGAACGAGAUCGUUGACAGCUUUGACGACAUGAACCUCUCCGAGUCCCUUCUCCGGGGCAUCUAUGCCUAUGGUUUCGAGAAGCCUUCUGCCAUCCAGCAGCGAGCCAUUCUUCCUUGUAUCAAGGGUUAUGAUGUGAUCGCUCAAGCCCAGUCUGGGACUGGGAAAACAGCCACUUUUGCCAUAUCGAUUCUGCAGCAGAUUGAAUUGGAUCUCAAGGCCACACAGGCCUUGGUCCUGGCGCCCACUAGAGAGCUGGCUCAGCAGAUACAGAAGGUGGUCAUGGCGUUGGGAGAUUACAUGGGUGCCUCCUGCCAUGCCUGCAUCGGAGGGACCAAUGUACGUGCCGAGGUGCAGAAGCUUCAGAUGGAAGCACCCCAUAUCAUUGUGGGGACCCCGGGACGUGUGUUCGACAUGCUUAACCGGAGAUACCUAUCUCCCAAAUACAUCAAGAUGUUUGUGCUGGAUGAAGCUGACGAAAUGUUAAGCCGCGGGUUCAAGGACCAGAUCUAUGACAUAUUCCAGAAGCUCAACAGUAACACCCAGGUGGUCUUGCUGUCUGCUACGAUGCCUUCCGAUGUGCUCGAGGUGACCAAGAAGUUCAUGAGGGACCCCAUUCGAAUUCUGGUCAAGAAGGAGGAGUUGACCCUGGAGGGUAUCCGCCAGUUCUACAUCAAUGUGGAACGAGAGGAGUGGAAGCUGGACACACUGUGCGACUUGUACGAGACCCUGACCAUCACGCAGGCAGUCAUCUUCAUCAACACCCGAAGGAAGGUCGAUUGGCUCACCGAGAAGAUGCACGCCCGAGACUUCACCGUGUCCGCGAUGCACGGAGACAUGGACCAAAAGGAGCGAGACGUUAUCAUGAGGGAGUUCCGCUCUGGCUCUAGCAGAGUAUUGAUCACCACUGACCUACUGGCCAGAGGCAUUGACGUCCAGCAGGUUUCCUUAGUCAUCAACUACGACCUUCCCACCAACAGGGAAAACUACAUCCACAGAAUUGGUCGCGGUGGACGAUUUGGCCGUAAGGGUGUGGCUAUCAACAUGGUGACAGAAGAAGACAAGAGGACACUUCGAGACAUCGAGACCUUCUACAACACCUCCAUUGAGGAGAUGCCCCUCAAUGUUGCUGACCUCAUCUGAGGGGCUGUCCUGCGCCCUGGCCCUACCCAGGCUUCAGUCCUUGGGGGGCUGAAGAGGAGCAGGAGGGGGGAGGGAAGGGAGCCAAGG